CCCAGAACAACGUUGAUAUCAAGACAGUUGAAGAUGGCAUACGUGGAUUUGCAGAGUCAAGCAAAGUCGUAAUGAAGAUGCUGGAUGAAGUUUCUAAAGUACAUCCAUUCGUCGCAGUUGCUGUGCUUGCAUUCAAAGCUGUGGUCACUCUCGAGUUGAAACGGCGAGAUAACGACAAAAAAGUUAUCGCACUGAAGAUGGGGAUGAAAGAUAUGAUGGUUAUCCUUUUACAGUUACGCUUCGUUAAGGAUUCGAAGCAGAAACUUCCAGAUGGGACAACCUUGCAAGGACGUAUGCAGGAGUUAAUGAAGCAGGUUGCUAGUGAUAUCACUGACUGCGGAAAUGUUUGCGAUGCUUAUACAAAGAAAAAUCUUGUCGUCAAGGUUUUUAAAGGUCCUAUUUGGGAGGAUCGACUUGCAGGGUUUGUUGACACUUUCGUCGAGCGUCGGAAAGAGAUCGAACUUGCUUUGUCAAUACACACGACUCUGGGCGUCGACAAUGCCAACCAGACUCUUGCCGGUCUCACGGAGGGUCUUCGUGCUGUAAAUGCAAAACUGGACAUGCUCCUCCUUUUUCGAAAGCUCGAUUCUGCGCAAGAGAAGGAAAUCUCAAAAAUUAUGGCAGAGACGAAAGGUGGUGCGAAGGCGUGCAUCGACAAUGAUGAUACGCUUCAGAAACUUAUUCUCAUUGGUCGGAAGAAGGAUAAGUCAUCUAAGGCAGCAUCUGCGCCUCUCGACCCUCAUAUUCUUGUGGCUGUUCGGAAUGACAUACUAGAAGACUUAGACAAGACACUGUCGAACAACAUGGAGCUUUUUGACAGGAAAAUGGCAGUCCAGAAGAGGCAGCUGGUGGAAGAGUUGAAUGUAGUCGUUCAUCGAGAAGGGGAUCGAAUAAUCAGCGCUGUGGCUUCUGGUUCUCACGAUAAACUGAUUGACCCAGAUCUCCAUCAAAUCUGGAAAGAGAUGGGCUGGAAGGGUAACGUGAAGGCUCGUCAUUUUGUUCUAGCUCUGCAUGAUUACUUUGUGGACAAGUUUCAAGAGUACGAUGAACAGAAGAUAAUCAAUACUCCCUGUUCCUUGAUGUCACCGCUUCCACCAGAAGAUGGUUUCGACCCUUCGCUGACUCUCAGUAUCACUGCUACAUCGUACCCCAUGAAGAUACAGGCGGAUGACCGAUGGGCCCUUGCUUAUAUCAAUGUCUCACAUGUUCAACCUAUCCUAGAAGCGUUCGAUGACGAUAGUUCCGGGUUCGUAAGCAUCAAAGAAGCCAAUAAUUUCUCAGCUGCAAGACCGAAAGACUGGAGUCUUCCGCACUGGUUGGCCUAUUGGGCAGCAGGUUGGCAUUCCAUCACUUGGGAGUACAGUUUGCGCAUCGGAAAAAUCAGACAAAAAAUGUACCACACUUUGAAGGACGUUCUACCAGAGAAUAAGUCGAUCACUGAUCAGUACCUCGACUCUGCGCCUCUUGGUCAAAUCGAAAUGCUCUGUGCCUCUAUCCAGAGGUGUGACGACGACGUAGUCCAAGACGCCUUGUUGAAUGAGAAGAUUCGCCCCUACAUGGAAUCUGAGCAAAAACGAAUAGAGGCAAACCUAAAGUUAAUCACGUAUAACAUUGAUGCUGCCAAUACCGUUGCAUUGGUAGUUGGUCCUGGCCGUAUUGAGCGGUAUAUUUUCCCACUGCUGUAUAUUCUUCUACGGCACCAUUUACGAAUGAUCAAACUCGCCUGUAAGGGUAUUUUCGCACAAAACGAAAUGGUGGAGGCAGGGUGGUCAUUGGCACGGGUCAUGACCUUAGUAGAUGAGCGCAUAAACAACGUCGUAGGUAAGCUAACUAUGUACAUUUUACAUAUCAUCUACUCACCAAUACUAGCCCUUUUCAAGCAGAAGAACCUCGAUGUCAGUGCGCAGCUUGGUAUUGUGGCGUUUGGCAUGACAGCUUUCUCCGAAAUGGGAGAGGACUGUGAUAUAUGGUACGGUAGCGACUCCGAAAACGAUGAUGAUGAAGAUGGAGAGGUAGAUCCUGCCAUCCUGAAGUUUGGCUUUACUCGGCAUCAGUUGGAUGUGACCGCAUACGAGGACCCACCACCAGAAGAAGUAGACCUUGCAAUUCAUUUACCUGAUUCGGGUUUUCCACGCAUUGAAGGAACGUGGAGUGGUCUCUACUUCUAUGACGAUGACGAUUUACAAGUGGAUGGUUCCAUGCUAAUUUCUAUCGACAAAUCUCUAGAAGAUGGUUCUUUUAGUGGCGGAGGAAUGGACGGCCUCGACAAGUUCAACGUAAAGGGAGAUCUACGCUCUUGUGAUAAAUCUACCAACUGGGACAUUGACCUUGUCAAGUCCUACAUCACGGCAGGACACUCAUGGACAUAUCAAGGCAAGCUCGAUGUGACAACCGCCACAAUAGACGGACGCUGGGGAAACGCAGAAUAUGGCGGGAAAUUUCAUCUCCAGAUGUCGCCCAUAUCUUCACAGCGGUUCCGUUACUCAGCUGAGGAGUAUAGCGAAAAUAAAGCUCAAGCACGCUGGACGUUCGCAUGUGAGGCCGUCCUUUAUCAUGUUAGGCGGCGAAUGUGGUCUUGGAGGUUUUUUGAGGGAAGACGAGAAGAUAGGAAGCGCUUUGUGGAUCUGUAUUCACGACGUGAACUGGCUCAAGCGUGGUCUUUGGACGACAAAUUCGACUUCGAAGAUGAAGCACAGGAGCUAGAAAACAUGGAAAGGAACCUACUCCCUCAAGAUGUUCGUUUCUAUCGUUCGAUGGCGGAAGUCGCUGUGCGCGACUCGGUCAUACAUUCUAACGUUCGCUGUGAUUCUUGCGAUGCCACUAUAAGUGGAAUUAGAGUCGUAUGUCUUGAAUGCAUCACCGAGAACUUUAGAAAUCACGUCGAUCUCUGCUUUGACUGCCUUAGUAUGGAGACGGCAGAUGAAUCAUUUGACCAUUCACGCACGCAUGCCAUGGUCAAAGUGCAAAGAGUCUUUCACCAGAGGGAAGUCAGCCCCUUGAUCCGUAACUCUCGAAAAGCGGUGGAACGAGCUCGCGACUUCAUGCGUCUCAGAGAUGAAUUGGAGGAUAAACCUAUCGAUUAUGCCCGCACUGAUGAUGGCGAUGAUGAUGACGCUGAUCAAUGUAGUGACUGCGACCACCGUUGCAUUG